GCACGCAUCGGGCACCCACAAGCUGGAAGGAAGCCUAAAAGGCUAAAAAUAAAAAGAGUAGCCCAACUACGCAGGUCGCAGUCUUUUAUACUCCUGACGCCUCUCUCGAACACAUUCACAGCACACACCGAGGUUAGACUUCUCAAGUGACCCAGCCGGCUUCUCCUUGCUCUGAGUUGUUUGUAUUGCCCUUAUAUUGCUAUGGCGGAUGAUGAACCUGUUGAUCCGAAGAAAUAUCUUGAAGAGUCUUGCAAGCCAAAGUGUGUGAAACCAUUACUUGAAUAUCAGGCAUGCGUUAAGAGGAUCCAAGGAGAUGAAACUGGGCAGAAGCACUGCACUGGACAAUAUUUUGAUUACUGGUCAUGUGUUGACAAAUGUGUGGCGCCAAAGCUUUUCCAUAAAGUGAAGUAAUGGCUAGAUGAUUUUGUUCUACUUUAAAAAUUCAGUAACUGCUGAACAUUUAUUGUUGUUUGGUGAACUGGGAAUGCCUGUUUGGCUGCCUUCCACAGCACUAUGCAUAUUUCGAACCAUGGGACCUUGAGUUACGGUCAAUAAAGAUAGAAUCCUUGGUGUU